AUGCAAGGAUAGAAAUCUAUUCUCAAGACACCAUCUAAGACCAAUUUGAACUCUUAAGCCUCUGGGGCAAAAGGAGCAGACUCCAAGGCAACUAAGGUAGAUACUGUGAAGAAUGCACUUCAGAAUGUAUCACUGAACUCUCGUCAGCAAGCAUCAUCUAACUCAACAGAAAAUGUCCCCGCCAAGAAAGCAGAUAGGAAAUCUACAUUGAGGGUAACCAACAACUAGGCACAGAUAAUCAGACCCAAUGGUGAGUCUGCCGUCAAUCAAGAGAAGGGCAAGAGAGGAAGGAAGAAGUCUACAGGCACAGAUGCUCAAGCAGGCUAGCCAGGAAAACUUGGUGCUACAUUGGAUGAGAAGGCUAAGAAAAAGAGAAACACCAGACUUAGAGGUGAGAACUCUUUCUAGACCUAUAUCUUCAGGGUAAUGAAGGAGAUCAAGCCAGAACUUUCCAUCAGCAAGAACGCUAUUGCCUAACUCAACCAGAUCCUUGCUAAUCUCUUUGAGAACCUUAUGGAUGAGAGCAGAAGACUUAUGAUUUUCUGUAAGAAGUCAACAUUAUCCUCCAAGGAAAUUGAGUCCUCUAUCAAGUUGCUAUUUCCAGGUGAAUUAGCCAAGCUAGGUGUGCAGUAUGGAAAGUCUUCGCUUCAGAAAUUCACAGAGAAUGCUCAAAAUUGA